AUGUCUUCACCUGCCUCCUUCUCCUUUGACUCCAUGUCCUCUAGGUCGUCAUACUCCCCCAACCUGGUCAAGUUCACCAACUGCGUGCUGGUUGACGACGGACAGGAGUAUGUGCAGGACCUGUGGGUCGACCUGGACCUCGGCCAGAUUGUCGCUCCCGAUGAGCAGCAAUCUCCCCGAGUCAUUGACCUGGACGGCUGCUAUCUGUCGCCUGGUUUCAUCGACUUGCAAAUCAACGGAGCCUUCGGCUUCGACUUCUCCAAGAUCCCCGAGAGCUCCGAGGAAUACAAGGCCGGCAUUCUGGAGAUGGAAAAGACGCUUCUGAUGACCGGAACCACCGCCUACUGCCCAACUCUGCCUUCCACCUACGCCAACGUCUACAAGCACGUUCUUCCUCUGCUGGCCCCCAACACCUCCCAGGGUGCCGACAACAUUGGUAUUCACGUCGAGGGCCCCUUCAUCUCGCCCCAGAAGCCCGGCUGCCACCCCCAGGAUGCCCUGCAGACCCCCCAGUCGGUCGAACACAUGUACGAGACUUACGGUUCCAGGGAGAACCUCCAGAACGUCCGUGUCAUCACACUGGCACCCGAGCUGCCCAACAUGCAGCAGUGCAUCCCUAAGCUGAAGCAGGAGAACCCCCAUCUGACCAUCUCCAUCGGCCACACAACCUGCUCUUAUGCCCAUGCCAAGGAAGCCGCCCAGGGAGGAGCCUCCAUGAUCACCCAUCUCUACAACGCCAUGCUGCAACCCCACCACCGAGAAGCCGGUCUGUUUGGUCUUAUCAAGACCCACGAGUGCCAGCAGCCCUCGUACGGACUGGUGGUCGACGGCAUCCACGUGCAUCCCUCCUACGUGGCUAUUGCCUACCACACCAACCCCGAAAAGUGUUUCUUGGUCACCGAUGCCAUGUUUGCCAUGGGUCUGGAAAAUGGAAUCCACCCCUGGGGCAACCAGGAGAUUGAGAAGCGGGGUGGCAUCCUUACUCUCAAGGGCACCAAGACCAUUGCCGGGGCUGCCACCACCCUUGACGAGUGUAUUCGAAACCUCGUGCACUGGGCCCAGAUUCCUCUGGCCAAGGCUCUUCAGACCGUCACUGCCAACCCUGCCCGGGCCAUUGGCGUCACCCACAAGGGCUACCUGCGACCUGGCUGCGACGCUGACCUGGUUGUGCUCAACGCUGCUGGAGAGAUCCAGUCCGUCUUCAAGGGCGGUUACCAGGCCAAGUAG